GAGCAAGAAACGAGAGAAGAACACAGCGAGGAUGACGUCAUAGCGGAAGUUAAAGCGGGCCGUUUGUUUUCGUUUGUUAACGUUUUGGUUUUGGCGACAAUUGUUCACAAAAAAUAUAAAACUCGCUUUAGUUUCGUGGCGAUCACAAGGUGUCGUUUUCUCCAGGACAUGUCUGAAUUAGAAACACAGAAGACCUUUUGAUUAAAAAAAAAAAAAAUGCCACCAAAGUCCAUCUAAAGGAAGCUCAGAUUGAGAUUUAAAAGUGAACGAUGAAGACUUUGAUGGUGUUCGAUUUCGACCACACGGUGGUCGAUGACAACAGCGACACUUGGGUGAUCAGAUGCCUUCCGGAUCAGAGUUUGCCCGACAAGGUGAAGCAUUCUUACAGGAAAGGCCACUGGACUGAGUUCAUGGCGACAGUCAUGAACUACAUAGGGGAGCAGGAAGUGAGCGCGGACAAGAUCCGCAGCGUGAUGGAGGACAUCCCCUUCACGCCGGGGAUGAGCGAGCUGCUGACGUUCAUAGCGGAGCACAAAAGGUGGGUGGACUGCAUCGUCAUCUCCGACGCCAACACGCUCUUCAUCGACUGGAUCCUGCGGGCGGCGGGCCUGGUGGCGGCGGUGGACCAGGUGUUCACCAACCCCGCCAGCGUCAACGAGCGGGGGCGGGUGGAGCUGCGCUGCCACCACGCCCACGACUGCGCCCGCUGCCCCGUCAACCUGUGCAAGAGGAGGGUCCUGGAGGUCUACCUGGCCGAGCGCGCCCAGUACCGCCGCGUCUUCUACGUGGGCGACGGCGGCAACGACCUCUGCCCCACUUCCUGCCUGCGCCGCGGCGACGUGGUGAUGCCCAGGAAGGGCUACACGCUGGAUAAGCUGCUGGCCAAGCAGGACACGGACGCCCGGGUGGUCUCCUGGAGCAGCGGCGCCGAGAUCCUGCAGGAGCUGAAAGCCAGCUUGACGUCCUAACUCCUUUGAAAUGGUUUUACUUUCGCUUUACAGAAUGAAACUGUUUUUAAUAACGGGAAUCGGGGAGGAGUUUGGAAAAGUGACACUCCAAAAAAAACCCACACGAGUCAGCAAAAACAACAAAAUAAAGCUCGCUCUGGGUCGUAUUUGAACCUUCUUUUCAUACACGGAAAAACAAAACCCCAAAAUCAGUGAAGUUGUCACGUU